GCCUAAUUCUCUUGAGCUCACCACAUACAAGUUGCUCACCUAUUUAUCAUACAACCGUACUACUACCGACGCACCGCCUUUGUAACUCAGUGCUCCGCACAGCCAUUGAUGGGCGACAGUGCGUACGCCUGCAAAGUCCCUGCCUAAUUGUGACAGUGACACGUUUGUACAUUGCGAAGGUUAGGCUGGUCUUCUUAGUCUGUGGCUGCGGCCUUGACGAGAGGAUUGGCCGAGGCCAACUUCCCACAACCUCUCAUUACUACCUGACGUCUACCUAACAUCUUUACUACUUCAGAGUAAUAUGUCUUUGCAGCUACCCUGCAGUUCGGCGUCGGGCUGCAGCAUAAAAAGUGGGCUGCCGCGGUGCCGGUCACAAACCGCCAGUUGCAGCCUGCAACAAGUAUCCUACUGGCCCCAGCGAUCGGCUGUACUUAGCGGCUAUAACAUCGUCGCCCUUGGCCGCCGGAGAGCUGGACUUGGCGACCUGCUGACAGCGCACGGCAGGCAUGGCCACCAUGGCGAAGGCAGGACUGUAAGGAUAACCCGCCCGAGGCGCGUAAUUCGACGACCCGAUCCUUCGAGUGGUGGCGUUGUCGCCGUGCCAGUUGACACGACGUCGGGUUCGGCCAACGGGAACACCCAUGUCAACUCCGGCGCUCAUCAUGACGCAGUCAGCGGCAACGCAAACGCAAGCGGCGCCGCGAGCACCACCAGCCGCUCUCCCGUCUGGGCCUGGUGGGAUGAUAUGCCAUCCCGCUAUAAAAUCAUUUUCGGCACAGCCGUCUCAUUUGUCAUCUGCAAUCUCGACAAAGUGAACCUAUCGGUUUGCAUCAUUCCGAUGGCUCGCGAUUACGGCUGGAGCCCAACCACAGUGGGUCUCGUGCAAAGUGCCUUCUUCUGGGGCUACAUGCUCUGCCAACUGCCCGGCGGCUACUUCAACUCCCGGCUCGGCGGUCGCCGCAUCCUCCCCGCUGGCGCGCUGCUGUACAGCGCGGCCACGGCUGUCGUACCGUGGGUUGCUGCCACCAUCCCAGGCCUCUGCCUCUCCCGAGCCGUGGUGGGUUUCGGCCAGGCCACCGCCCCCUCCGCCGCAACCGACAUUGUCGCUCGUGCCGUACCGCCCAGCGAGCGCGCCCGAGCCGUCACCUUCACCUUCUCCGGUUUCCACGUCGGCUCCAUUCUGGGCCUUAUGGCUGCGCCCUGGCUCAUCGCGCACGCCGGCUGGCACUCCGUGUUCAUCAGCUUCGGCGCGUUGGGCGGUGUGUGGUGGUUGUGGUUCGAACAGGGGAUCAUGGCGGAUAUCGAGCAACGCGAACCGGAAUUCGCUGCCAGACUCAUCUCCGAUUCCCGCACCCUGAGCUCCACCUCCUCCUCUGCCUCUUCAUCUACCCCACCAACCUCACCACCAUCAUCAUCACCUGCUGCUGCUGCUGCACCGUCUUCCGCAUCAGUACCCACAGCAGCACCCUCGCCGCCUCCGCUGCCCUGGCGUGCCUUCCUGCGCUCCACGCCCGUCCGCGCCCUGGCCUUCACGCACUUCGCGAACAACUGGUUCCACUAUACCAUGCUGGCCUGGCUGCCCACCUACUUUGUGGACACGCUGUCAGUCGACCUGCUGCACGCCUCCCAGACGGCGCUGCUGCCGCCGCUGGCGGGCAUUGCUGCGGGCGCGGCGGCGGGGGCGGCGGCGGAUGCGGCGAUCAGUCGGGGGGUGCCGGUGCCGCGGGUGCGCAAGGUGGUGCAGAACACCGCCUUCCUGCUGCCCACCGCGCUGCUGCUGGCCGCCUGCACCCCCGCCGUCGGCGACGACAGCGGCGCCACCGUGGCGGCCAUCACGGUGGCGCUGGGGGUGUCCAGCGGGAGCCUGGCGGGGCUGUUCUGCACACACCAGGACAUGAGCCCCAAGUACGCGUCCAUCCUGUUGGGCCUCACCAACACCACCGCCGCCAUCCCCGGGGUGCUGGGGGUGGCGGCGGUGGGAUACCUGUUCGAACACACCCAGAGCUGGGAGGCAGCGCUGUUCCUGCCCAGUGCCUUCUUCAUGGUGACCGCCGCGCUGGCGUACACGGUGUGGGGCCGCAACGACCCCAUCGACUUCGAUGCGGCGGAUAACAGCCCCUUUGGCUGGGAGACCCGCCUGCAGGCUGUACGACAGGCGCUGGGAUGCCUGCCAGCCGCGGGUGCGUUGAAGCACCUGCCGGGGUCCCCCGAGGAUGGUGGCAGGGGCAGCAGCAGCAGCAGCAGUGGGGGUGGCGUUGGCAGCAGCAGCGGUAAGACUGUUUCCGGGCGCAGCAGCAGGGGUGGCGAGCAGCAGGGAGGAGGCAAGGAGAAGUAGGGGCAGUAGGCCGUUCUCGCCGUCUGUCUCCAGUCCUGCUCUCAGUCCUUGUGAACCUCCGCUCCCGGCCUAACCGGCCUGUGUCUGCGUCUCGCCUCUGCUCCUCGCGGGCUGGGGCACAUGAGGGUUGCCAUUGUGCUCUUCAAGCGCGAUGCCUUCUAUCAUGAAAAGGAUGAUUGAAUGAGGAUGGCGUUGUGUGCUGCUUUAGGCGGCGUGGGAGAAGUGUCGAACGGGCAUCGUGUUCCUGGACAUGUAGCAACGUUGGUGACGGCUUCGUUGGGGGGCGGCUGGUAAGUGUUUGCCACCCUUACGUAGAAGGCGGGUAUUCUUCCUUGUAUCGUUCUGUUGAGCGGUUUCUGGGCGGCGUUGCAGCGGACUUGGGGUGAGGGAGGCUUCAUGUGUGCGCGCGUGCAAGGCCGCGGGUAUCACACCUGCCGGCCGCCAUAUCAUCCCCUUGUGUGAUAUACGCUGUGCAUAAGCAUUAGUUUUCCAGAACUGAAAGAGGAGAAACGCCGAUCUUGGGAUAUCGAGUGCGGGAGUCUCGCCAUGGAGUUGGGAGGAGCUGUGUUCGGGGUGUGGGAGGAAGUAUGUUGGGGAGGAGGGAGAUCGAGUUUGUGUGACUUGGGUCGUCUACUUUCCUAGUUUUCUUGGCCCGUUGGCUUUGCAUGCAUGCAUGCAGGUGACUAUGUGAUGGGACAGGUGUCAAAUGUGUAUCUGCUGGGACAGGUGUUGACAGCAGCAGCACGAAUGCUGCUUUUGAGUUUGUGACACAACAGAACUACAACAGACACAACAGAAAGGUAUGAAGAUACCAGGAUGUGUUGAUGCUCUGCAAGCGCGGGUGUGUUGGUGGCGGGAUCGCGGCAGUGGUGUUGGGGGGAAGUCGUGGCUGAGGUAUGGGCCGAGGUCUGUGCGUUAUAGGCGCCUCGUUUGUGUCUUUUGUCUUCAGCAUUGUAGUGACGGACUUGCACUAGUAUCUUCAGUUGAGUAAAUGUCUCCCAACGUGGGUUGAUCUGAGGGCGGGUCUUGGGCCUCCAUUACUCUUGCUGUUGCGGAAAACCACACUGCUGGGUGUUGUUCCUCUCAGUCCCGUUGUCGUACGGCCCCUUCAUAGCGCGCGUGUCCCGGACCGGAUGUUGAGACUGGGCUGGAGACUCGCUGUGGUGUGGUGUGAUGUGGUGCGAUGUGAUGUGACGUGCUUUGUUGCUACAUGGUGCCUGCUGGGUGAGGGCCCUCACAAGGAGAGUACGGCACUAAGCAUGUUGGGUCGCUGUGUGGAGAGAGUUGAAGAGGUCACAUGGGAAAACAGGUGUAGCUCUGCUGUGUGCCGACUGGAUGGUGGUUUGCAGCAGGGCUGAGGCGCGGGAUCCGUUUGUGGUUGUUACCGGUACGCAAGUAGCUCGUUAGUUGAAGCUCGGAAGGCACGUGGGAAGAGGCAACUGGGGUCCACAACUGGGGUUUGUGAGGAAGCUGCAUGUCGGAUUCGGAGUUGGGACUUUGAUCACUCUUAUCCGAUCUGUUUUCAAGGAAGCAGCAAGGGAUUUCAUGGUUGUCACAGUACUCGUUGUUGCCGUCUAAGACGUUGACGUUUAGGGUAUUAGGUAAACUGAGCCGCGGAAGCACUGACCCUGACCCUGACGGUUAGGGUGUGUUGCCGUAGGGUGUUUCCUGCACGGGUUCAGUAAGGUAGUAAUGGCCGGCCCGCUUUACCGGGUUACUGCCAUGCCCCGUAGGGCCUCAUGGUGGGCCCCUUCGGGCCUCAGUGUGUUUACUGAACCCUUGGCCUUCUUUUUGUUUGCGCCCUUGACUCUUUUUGUUUGCACCCUGUGGUUGGGAUCCACACCGGUGCUUGUACCAUAAAUACAUAUACGAGUACGCUGUCUUUGGCGGCAGACCAACAAACCCCUGUGUUGCGCAGUAGACUCGCACGGGUGGUCUAGGUGAUGAUGGAAAGGCGGCUGGUUGUACCUGCAUUGCCCUUCAAGCACAUUAUCUCGGUGUCUCGUUGGAGCUGCUACUUGGGGCUUAUCAUGGCGUUGUUAAGGCUACUGAUUGGGAGAUUCCUAAUGCACACGUGGGCUGUGCAAAGCCCCAUACCCCAUUUGGAACCGCCGCCGGAUCAUGAGAAGCGUUUCCAAGCCAGAGACGAGAGAUGGUGCUUUCACGCUUUGGCUGCGCCGCUGGCUUGUAAAGGGGCGUCCAAGUGGCGGUAUUGGGGAAAGGGACGCAGGUUGGCAUGGCUGGGUUGGGGUCUCAUGACACAAGCAAGCCUUACAUAAGCUGAGCUUGUGGAACAUUUGCAGCGGUGUUGUUUUGCUGCAUACAUGCUUUUAUCCGUUGGUGUGUCUUCAGGGGCUAUGCCUGAGGGAUGUUUGGAUGUUUAUUAUGUGCCUUCGGCGUGUGGCUUUGCGCCUCGGUUUUGAAAUUCUGACGGCUGUGCGGUAUUGCGACAUGACGGAGGUGUGACGGAAGACUGCCUGCAUUCGGCGCGGCGGUUGACAUGCGAGACGAGUAGUACGAACACUGUCGUACAACGGUAAUCUGCCUGACGACGUGAGUCUAUCUGUGUGUACGUUUUGCUGUAUCGUGUGGACCACAGGCUCUUACCAACAUACACCACACGUCUUAACAACCAAGUGUGGUUAGACCUACUAGUCAUGUCUCGUGGUUUAGUAUUAUUUAGUACACGCAUCGAAUUGUGUUUUGUUUGUUAGGCAUGGGGUUGUUGGGCAAAGGAUUGCUUGCAAGGAAGGGUGUUUUUCCGCGGGGCGCUCGUUUGCCAUGCAUGCAUGACAAACCAGGACAUGGCUAUACAUGUGAGCGGUUGUGGCGGGAAGCGUCUUGGGUUUCUAGUGUUUGGAUAGUUAUGUUUGUAUUACGUCGGGGGAGGUGAACAGAGGGACGCCAUCAUCUCGGUUGCCGGCGGUGCAUGAAACGAUAUACGCACAGCGCCAUGGCUCAUGGCUGCGACUGUAAAAGUAAGCUCUUCAG